ACAGGCCUUCAUACAAUUUGUGGAGUCUUGGUCGUCUCUGAUGAAGACUGAGGAUAUUUAUCUGACAGCGAUUCCUAUAGUAACAUCUGAGAUGACAGCAAGUGGACAUGCCACUUUUGUUGUAGUUUAUGGCAUAAUUUCUAUGAUAAACAGACUGAAGUUUUUGAGUGAGGCUUACUGGGCAACCAACCAGCUCACGGACACUGAUUUAAUCCAGUGGACAUUGUUUAUUAUCAGCUGGAUCUUAUUCCUAAUACUGCUUGUCACAGGAGCUCUUGAUGCCAUCUUCCAGACUGCCUUGAGUCAUGAAUGCCUAGCGAUUUCUGAGUGCGCGACGUUUGUCGUGGAAUCGUACUGGAGUCUCCACGACGCCUUGUUGUAGUUACGAGCAGCCACCAAGUGAUGAUCAUGCGCCGAGGCAUUCAUUUCUUCUACUGAAGCGUGAUGUGAUGAGAUUUUGACUACAGUGUCUGCACUGGCUUUGUUGUGUCAUUGUUCCGAAGAUAAAACACGUGCUAGUGGCUGUCACCGAUCCCAUUAAUGGGAGGCAAUCGCCGGGCAGAUUCCAAGGGCUGACAUAUCGGCCCCCCGAAACGCACCACGAAAGCGCGGACAAUUUAACCUUUUAGUGCACCAGCGAAGGCCGGUUGUGGUCCAAAGACAGAGUCAGAGCCAAGUGUUGAUAACACAAAGAAAAUAUAUUCUCAGUUAACGCAGUACAAGCAUCACACAAACAUGUACACUCAGCUGGUAUCAAUUACAACUCUCAAUAUAACUUAGUCUGGAUAUGGAUAUAUACAACACGUAAAAGCGAAACAAAUAUUGUGAGUGCGGAGAAGAGACAAAAUAAUGUGUCCUAGCACAGGUUGAGAAGCGAAGCGCAGCUCGGCUGUCGCGCAGGUAACUUGAACUUCUCGUAACACGGAAUGCAAGCGAUCACUGCUACAAAUGAUUUUAGGGGCUUCUUUCGUCUUAAUGAACAAAGGUGGUAAUGUCACUACAAGAAACUGGUCGUCGGAAUGCUCUACAGCCAAACCACUUCAUCGAAUGCGUUUAAGCACAUUCGGCAAACAAACUUGCAAUCUCCUCGUGGAAAAGAAUUUAGAGCAACCGCUAACAUGACCGAUACCAAGCAAAAUUUCCGUCUGCGCGUCAGCUGGCAUCAAUCGGCUCACGAGAAACUGUCGACAAAUAGCUUUACAUGCUUACAACAUUACUAAAAAAUUCGUGGUGCCAAACAAAAAUAAAUAAAAAAAAUGUGUGUGACUUCUCUCUUGUGUCUGUGUCUGCACGCCCUGUCUCUUUAACAUGAAGAAAUUCACUGUAGUGUAACAGCGGGAAAAUGUUCGAUUUGCCCUGUAGCUUUCUUUUUUCUUUUUUUGAUAAGGAUAGCGCUUGCUUCUUCGUAACGACCGAAUAAAAAGUUCCGCUGCGAAGCGGAAAAGUCGCACCACACAGCAGCGCAGCACGCCUUCUUU